AUGCCAUACAAAUCGAGAUGGUCCAUCUCACUGCCACAAUGCUCUUUCCCGACCUUCCUGUUCGGCUCCCCAUGCAAAGAUCUCAGCGACAAGAAAGCCUACGUUGACGCGACACGCCCGGAAGAGCUCUUUCUCACUCGCCAAACGUUCCGGCUCUGGUCACAGCGCAUCGCUUUGGGCCUACUCAAAAGCCCCAGUUUUGAACCUGGAGACCGAGUCUUGGUGUUCUCUGGGAAUACUCUUGCUACGCCCGUUGCGUUUAUGGGCAUUGUUAUGGCCGGAGGAGUCUUCACAGGGGCAAAUCCGACUUUUACUGCCCGAGAGUUGGCGCAUCAGCUGCGAGAUUCGCAAGCCACUUAUCUUCUUUGCUCGGAUGUCUCUAUAGACACGGGAAUUCGAGCCGCAGAACAGGCUGGCCUGGACAAGAGUCGAGUCUACGUGUACGACGAGAAAGUUUUCUUGAGUGACAAGGCUAGUCAGGCAGGCCUGAAAGGGUGCAGGUAUUGGUCUGAUCUGAUUGCGCCGGCAGAAGAAGCUGAGGGGUUUCAGUGGGAAGAGCUUGAGGGCGACAAAUGCCACAAGACCAUCGCCCUCAACUAUUCCUCAGGCACAACCGGGGUGCCCAAAGGUGUCGAAGUCACGCACUACAAUUACAUUGCCAACACACUACAGUAUAACCACCUUCCCACUCUCGCUCCGAACUAUGAUGAACUCAACAGACGCUCCAAAUGGCUCUGCUUCUUGCCUCUCUAUCACGCCAUGGCUCAAACGAUAUAUAUCGCAGGUGCUCUCCUCCGCCAGAUUCCCGUCUACAUCAUGCCCAAAUUCGACUUUGUCGAAAUGUUGGCAAACGUGGAAAGAUUCCGCAUCACUGAUCUCACCAUCGUGCCUCCGAUUGCCGUGGCCCUGACCAAGCAUCCCGCAGCCAGGAAAUACGACCUGAGCAGUAUCGAGACGAUGAACUGUGGCUCCGCCCCGCUCGGAAGCGAUGUCUGCCGAGCGAUCGAGGAUCUCUGCGGCCGCAGAUUUAACAUGAAGCAAGGCUGGGGCAUGACUGAGGUGACCUGUUCCCUCCUCGGAUGGGAUCCAAACAAGACUUCCACGUCCUUUGGCGUCGGAGAACCAAACGCGAACUGCGAGGCCAAGAUCGUGAAGAUCCUCACCGGCUCUUCCGGCCACGAAUCCUUUUCCGAGGUGACCGAGCGGGGUCCCGCCCACACAGGCGAGUUGUGGUGUCGUGGUCCCAAUGUCAUGAAAGGCUACUGGCGCAAUCCCUCUGCCACGCGGAAUGCUUUCUCGCCGGACUCUGAGGGCUGGCUGAGGACUGGCGAUAUCGCCUAUGUCGAUGAGGACGGAUGCUUCUACAUUGUGGACCGCAUGAAAGAGCUGAUCAAGGUCAAGGCAAACCAGGUCCCUCCUGCCGAGCUGGAGGCUCUGAUCCUAGAGCACCCCGCGGUUGCUGAUGUGGCAGUCAUCGGGAUCCCAACCGCUGACGGCGACGAAAGGCCCAGGGCAUUCGUGUUGCGGCAACCGCGUACCAAGGUCACCGAGCAGGAGAUUAUCGACUACGUCAAAGAGCGUGCAGUAACUUACAAGUGGCUGACGGCGGGGGUGGAAUGGGUCGAUGAAAUACCCAAAAACCCAUCCGGCAAGAUCUUGAGGAGGCAGCUUCGUGACAGGUCCAAAGUCCAGCACGUCCAAGCCCGAUUAUAG